AUGGCAUCUUGCUGUGCUCAGCUUUGUGUCAAACAAAGACUUCUUCCUCACCUCAAGACAGCAACAAUGUCCACCUGCUCUCAAAUUCGUCCCUGCUGUAAAAUCACAAGGCCAAACAUCACUUUAACCCAAACUAAACACCCACAAAGAAAACACAUCCGUUUUUAUAGUGAUUUAAUUGCCAAACAUCAGGAAAAUAAAGAAACCACCAGCCAGUUACAACACAUUAAGGACGCCGUGCCGCUAAAUGAAAGCCUCACAUCAUUAGACCUAGAAGCCAGCACUGAAUCUUAUGCACUGGAGGAGAUUAGCGAUGAAGAAGCUGUCAAUUUAACACCGAUUCCACCCAUCCCGCCAGUGUCCACCUCUCUCAGAGACUACGUCGACCACUCAGAGACGCUCACAAAAUUAGUGCAGCUCGGGGUGAACCUGUGGAAGUUGGAGCAGAGACCCAACGUUGGCUCCAUGCUUCUCCGACUCCACUUUGACACCGACGUCGCACCAAGGUUGCUGUUCCUCAAAACAAUCGGCGUGGACGACUCUCGUCUGGGCUUUAUCAUCACGCAAAACCCGUUUUUCCUCACCGAGGAUUUGGAAAACCUUCAGGCUAGAGUGAAUUAUCUCAAGUCCAAGAAGUUCACCAACGAGAACGUUGCGUCGAUGGUGUCCAGAGCUCCUUAUCUUCUAAACUUCAGCGUAAAGAGGCUGGACAACCGACUGGGUUUCUACCAGAAGCAGCUGGGCCUCAAUGCAGCAAAUACUCGUAACCUUGCCGCACGUCUACCCAGAUUGCUAUGUGGAAGCUUGGAGCCCGUUAAAGAAAAUUUAAAGGUCUGCGAAAUCGAGCUCGGCUUCAAAACCAAUGAGAUCCAGCACAUCGUGUUGACCGUCCCCAAAAUUCUGACAACCAACAAGCACAAAUUGACGCAAAUAUUCGACUUCCUCCACAACACCAUGAAAGUGCCACACCACCUGAUUACUAAGUUCCCACAGGUCUUCAACGCUAAAUUCCUGCGAAUAAGAGAGCGACACCUGUUCCUCCAGUACCUGGGAAGGGCUCAGUAUGACCCGGCGCAAGCUAACUACGUUUCCCUGGAUCGCUUGGUGGCGUCUCCAGAUGAGAUUUUUUGCACUGAUGUGGCUUUAGCAACGUCGGAAGAUUUUUUGUUGUUUCAAAAGACACUUUAA